CUUUGAAUUCAUGAAAGUACCUUUAAAAUUCAUGUUAAACCUUUGAAUUCAUAAGUUUCGCAAAAUCUAUAGAAACCUUUGAAUUCAUGAAAGUAAUUUAAAAUUCAUGUUAAAUCUUUCAAACAUAUAAAAUUAUUUUGUACAAAGGAGGAUAAGAAGCAAUGAUUGGAGAAGUUUCCCAACAAAAACAUUCAAAUCACAAGAAUCAAAGUUUCCCUCCUUAUUUUCUCUCUCUUUGCUCUGCUCUGCAACUCUCGUGAUUCUCAUUUAUUUCCUCUCCACAUCUGUUCAUCGGUCUCUGUUACGACUCCGUCCCACCAUUAUCAAUGUCAACCCGAUCUCGGUCCCUCCUACUACCAAACCUUCUUCCUUUUUAAAUCUCCUCUCCUUAACCCCCAAAAACCCAUGAUUCGUUUCAAUGGAAGGCCAUGGUCACUCACGGCGGAGGAAGAUAGAUGGUUGCACAGUCGUGGAGUGUUAUACGCCUCGGAGGGUCGUCACUCGGUGGCUUUCCGGCCUGAGAAGUUCCAAGGGGAAGAGAGAAGCGGGAGAGGAUCAUGAUGAAGAAGUUUCGGGAAGGUACCAUCUGGCGCCCAUAAGGUGUUCGACGAAACGCCUGAACGAGAGUAGGCCGUUGGAUCAAAAGCCGGAGACUCAUAGAUUUGAAUCACAAAGCAGAGAAGCACCUUUCGAGAUGGGGAUUGGCUCUUUCUUGCUGUAUCUUGUUGUUGCGAGUAAAACCGAGCUUGAUAAAAUGGCAGACCUGCGAAUACAAAUGGAGAUGCUUCUUCUGAAUGCAAAACAAGAAUUGCAGAAGAAAGAAUUACAGGGAAGCCCACCUUUGUCUUCGAACGAUGCAUAUGCAAAAGAACCAAGCGGGAACCAGUUUUCUCCUCAAGUCAUUUCGAAUUUGGCAUCAUCCAUAUUCGAAGAGUCAUCAAUGAGUGUUCUUGAAGAGGAGAACUCAGAAUGCGAGGUCUCAAAAACAGAGGAUUACCAUCGAGGAACAGACCGCAAUUCCAAAUUCCAGGCUGAGGACAAGGAGGGCACGAAGAAUCAUAUACCAGAGAUGGUGACAGAUGAAAGAUACGGAGUUUGUCCGUACGAACUAGAGAAAAAGCUGCACGAACUACUAGAGACAAGGCAACAAGAAGAGUUACUGAAGCUUGAGGCUGCUCUGAGUCGUGUUGAACGUAGACUACAGGAGAAAGAAACCGAGGUUUCAUGGUGGAAAGACGCAGCCCGCCUGCUUGCUCAGCGUGUUCCUGAAUCUUCUCGAGCUGGAUUAGAAUGGUGCUACCAAGAAUCGUCCAUAACAUGUUCGGAACAGUGUUCCGAGAUCUUUUGAAGCAUGUCCAGAACACCGCAUCAGUUUCUCUGGGUGAAUGUUAUAAGGAAAGUGUUUAGCUUUACUUUUACAGCAUUUGUCUGAUGAGUUCUUUUACAUCUGUGUGAAGUUUGCGCUUAGUUAGACUAGUUGCAUGGCAUACAUAUCAUAUGAAAGUCUCUAUCCAAGGUAGGAAUUGCAAUAUAUAUAUGUAUCCAAUCAAGCUCCUUUUUAUAUGUAGCCAUUUUUUCAUAAUAAUUUAUUACAAUAAAUUUACUGAUACAAAAUACUUACAAA